UCGAAACGGGUCCGACCGUGUCCGACGAGCGCCACGGGUUUCGGGCCAUAUGGGGCCUGGCAACUUGCUUACUGCAGUUUGCCCCUCCUGCUUCCGUGACAGAUGUUGUCAGGGGCUGUCUGUCGGUCCUUCGAUGGCGCCUUUGUCGCCAGUGGAAAGGACCGUAAAACCUUCAACCUGCAGCGUUUUCAAGCAGCAAACAUGAAAGCUGCAAGUAUGUAUGUAUUCAUAUCUGCUGCCACGUGCCAAGGACCGAAGGCUCGACUCGCCCGCUUGAGAUCUCCGCAUGUGUCGCUUCGGCAAUACAUACUCGAUGUAGUGGGUUUUCCCCACGCUAUGCAUUGCAUUCGUUAUAGCUUGUCAUUGUUUACACAACUAUCAUUCAGUCACACACUGACACACGGGGACGGGGGAGAAGCCUAUCAUCUUAGUCCAAGAGAAAGCGCAAAUGGGUAUCCUUUCAUGCCUGUGUGGUUUUGGGGCGGUAACACUUGCAAAACACCCACGCGGUGCACCAGCGCAGCAGCUGGAAGAGCAGCAUGCGCAGCCCGCAUCGCCAUGCAAAGAGGACUGUCCUCCGCCGCUCGCGGCGUCUCAUGUGUUGAUCGAGAAGAAAGCCUCAGCGCACGGUUACAAAUGCACCAGUCACCAUGGCAUGAAACGCGGGCACGGGUUUUCCGCGAGGGCCAGGAACGAGACUGAGCUGGCGCUACUAGCGCUGGUGCAUCUACAGCGGGAGCUCACCGAAAGCUCAGUGGCGGUGGGCCCAUCGCUGUUGGCAAAAGUGGAGCACGUCCUCGCGGUUUUCCACAGUAUUUUCUCCGCAAGCGAAGUCAGGCUGUACGGAGCCGUGGACACCGACGAGUAUCCAGGAGCUGCGCCCUUCAUCCUGAUUGCCUCUGGCGGAGGCGCCAAACACGGCAGCACUGCACCUGGCGCUGCGUUGACUGCGUCAUCCUCGCAGCAGCCGCAUGCACUCUGCGCCGCCACCGCACCGCCGGCCCCCGGUACCGGAGCCUGGCCUGCCAGCAUGAUGCCGGCAGCCGCCGCCGCCCACGCGGUCGGCACGAGCCGCAGCCACCACAGCAUCAACGCGAGCGGCUGCAAUGCUUCGUGCGUGGCAGCUCUGGACUCGGACGAGCACAAUUUGGGAGUGGGCGAGCUGCUCACACCCGGCGCAUUGCGUGCGUCAUUGCCGCGCGCUCGGGCCCCACCGCCCCAGCAAGGCGCCUCUUUAAAAACGCCCCGGCAGCACGACGCACAGGUAGGCCGGCCCAGUGCCGGUUGCACAGCGCGCUCGCAGCAGCCGGCGGCGGCGGCGGCGGCGUCGCCGUUGCAGUGGUCGGCUGCUGCUGCUGCUGAUGCUGCUGCUGCUGCUGCUGCUGCUGCUGCUGCUGCUGCUGCUGCUGCUGCUGCUGCUGCUGCUGCUGCUGCUGCUGCUCUGCACCCGACGCCGCCCGAGUCGCUGCCGGGGCUGCUGGACCGGAUGCUGGAAACCCAGGCCCCGGUGUUCACCACCCGCCCAGCCCCGGAAGCAACCGUUGCUGGCGACAGCGGUGGCGGCGUCAGUGGUUCUGCAUUCGGCGACAUUACUGAUGCCGCCGCUGCUUCCGCCGCCGACAGCGAUGUGGCUGUGCUCAUCCCGCUCAGCAGCGGCCGCCGUAUCCUGGGCGCGCUGUGGAUUGUGCGGCACGGCAGCGGCGGCCCCGCAACUGCCACUACGGUCGCUGCCACCAGCGCAGCCGCGGCCGUCGGUGCGGCCGUGAGCGGUGUCGCCGCCAAUGACAGCGGCGUCGUCGGGACCUCGAGCUCACCUCCGGCGCAGCGCGCAGGUGUCACCAGCGGCAUUGGCCGUCAUGCGACAUUCGAGUUUAGUGGGCGCCUGCCCACUACGGACUUGGCUGCGGCUGGUGUCGCCAGCAAUGUCGCCGCCGGCUCCCGGCGGUCGCUCGCGACGUCUUGCUCCAUCCCGUCCAGCGGUGCUCCUGCUGUGCCGCCACCUGCUGCAGCCUGCUACAGCCUUCUGACGAGCCCCAUGGCGCUUCAGCAGCUGUCCAUGUGUGCGUCGCUGCUGCUGGGAGCCGACGCAGCGGCACUGGCGGCGCUGGCGGACUGCCUGGCGGCGGUGGCGGGGGCCACAAGCUUUACGGCGCUGGUGGGCGCACUGACAGAGGCGCUGGCAGCGCACGUGCGCGAGCGUUACCUGCUGGAGCCACGUGUGGUGGCGGCGUUCGUGCCCGAGCCCUCGAGCGCCGUCGGGCUGCUGUUCGGCGCCGGAGGCGGCGGCGGCGGCGGUGGCGGGCGCGGCACCAGCGCAAGCGCUGUUCCUGCCAACAGCCCGGCCUUCGGCCUUGUCGAUACCAUGGAGUCGCCGGCGAGUGCGAACCGCUCUGUGCACGUCAAGGAGGGCCUGCUGAAGCGGUCACCGUCCACGCGGAGUAUGGCAGCUGCACCUCUGGGGACUGCAAGCCCGGAUGCCAAGCGCGCGAGUGCGGCGGUGGCUGUGGCGCGCGUGGCCCGGAUUGUCGACGGCGCCGCCACGCGGGCGCACAGCGAGUCGACGGCCCGGCGAAUCCGCCGCAUUAUUCCCAGCGGCCCGGUUGGACUUGCCGCCGCUGCACACGUGUGCGUUCCCGACCCGACCAUGUCCUCUGGGGGGCAUGCCGGCGGCGCCGCGACCGGCACUGCAGGCUACGCCAGCACCAGCAGGGGCCGCGCAGCAGCCUCGCUGGGAGCGGCGGCGCCGCGCGUUGUGGCCUUGUCCAACGCCGAUGUGGCGGCAAUAGACGCCACGGCGGCGGCCGGCAGCGGCGUUACCACCUUGCGCGUGAAGCCCUUCCCGCUUAAUAACACACUGCUGCGUCAGCUGGUGAGAAAGCAGGUGGCAGACGCGGCGGCAGCAGCCCCUGCCAAAUCAACACAGUCGCGUGCGCUCGCCAGCAGUAGCACCAAUACUGGCGGCGGCGGUGCGAAGGCGGUUGCCGCCAAGGGCGCCGCGAUUGAGAUUCCGGACUGUGCAGCGCACAUGCAGGAUGCGCGCAUGCCGUCACGUGACGUCCUCAUGCUGCUGACUCACCUUAAUGCAGCAACUGGGGGCGGGGCCACCGGUGUUCCCGGAGAUGGGGCUCGAUGUGCCGCGAGCGUUGGACAAACCACCUCGCAGUCGUCGCAGCUUCGGUUUACGGCCUCGGCACAGCAGGAGCAGCGAAGCGGGCCGCACAGUAGCGGCGGCGGUGUGGGUGGCGGCGGCGGCGGCGGGCUGCGCUCCCUGCUGCUGCUGGCCCUGCCGGCUGGCGACGGUCGGGGCACGCUAGCUUUCUACGUCAGCUUUCCGCAGCAGUUGCCGCUGCCUUUAUUGCGGGAGGCCCGUGGAGCGCUUUUGGAGGUGCUGGAGUGCGCGUCGGCCCUGGUCGCGCGCAAGGUCACAGGCGGCCUCGCUGCAGAGGUGGAGACGCUGGCGACCGCCGCGCCCGGAGCCUCCUACGCCGUGGUGCAGGACCACCACCACCGCACCGCCGACCUACUCAACGCCGAGCACGGCGGCACGCGCGGCGGCAGCGGCGGCCAGCAGGAGCUGAUGACUGCACCCGCCAACGUGAUGAUGGGGUUCCUUGGCAGCGGCAGCCUGUCAAGCGCAUUCGCAAGCAGCGCUGCUGGCCUGCGCGGGCUCACCGCGAGUAUUCGCAGCGUCGGCGGCAUGCGCGCUGGCGGUGGCGGCGGCGCCGGCGCCGGCGGCACUAGCAUCGCCAUCCCUGAGGACGACACGGAGCGCCUGGACCCCCUGCUUGCCAGCCUGGAGCCCGAGAUCCUCUACGACACGGGCUGCACCGACCGCUCCGGCGAGGGCCGCCGCGUCGUGGCUCUCACCAGCAGCGCCCUCAACGCCGCAACAAUGAUGGACUCCAGCAGCACCCACGGGGGCGCCGGCAAGCCAACAGGCGGCGGCGGCGGCGGCACGGCGCCUGCCGUGCCCACCGCCCGCAGCCGUGCCACCUCGGCCAACAUCAGCCAUGGAGCACUGGCAAUGGUUGGGAUUGCAAACGCCACGGCCGGCGGCGGCUCCGCAGUUGCCGAGAUGGUGCUGUGCAGUCCCUUACGUGAGAACACGCCAACCGGCAUGUCGCCGCCCGCGUGCGGCUCGUCAAGUGCCCACGAUACUGGGCUGCUGCUUGUGGGCCAGACGCAACCAAGACGCAUCACCCGCAGCACGAGCGUUAUCCACAUGGAAGAGAUGGACCCAGUCCAAAACACCAUGCGCGCCCAGAUGCCUCUGCUGGUGGCGAGCCUGCAGACCAGCAUCAGCAACGCCCGCUCUGAGGCGGCGCUGGUGCACGCCGCAGCAAACGCGGCGCUGCCCAGGUCUGGGUCUUCUGCGCACCUGGCUGGGUACGGCGGCGGAGCCGGCAGCAGCGGCCCUGUGUCCGUGGGCGCGUUCGGCCGGCAGCAGUCACAGCUCGCGCCUGCAAGUGCGACUCCUCGGGCCGGGCAGAGCGACCUGGACCAGCUCCAGCUGGUGUCCCAGUUGGGCGUGGGCGGCUGUGCGGUGGUGUUCAGGGGGCGGCUGGGCACCCUGGACUGCGCAAUCAAGCUCAUGGAGAUGCCGGACGUUGAUGAAGAGCUGGGCUCUUCCCAACGCUUGGGCACGAUCAGCAGCGGCGGCGGCGGCGGCACGGCAUCAGCAGCUGGCGGCGGCGGCGGCGGCGCAACCGGACCCGCGGGCAUCCCUGUGGCAGCUGCGGUGGCUGCGGAUGCGGAUGCGGCGGCGGAGAGGGAGCGCGUGAUGGCGCGGCGUGCAAUGCUGCGAAAUGCGAUGGAGAUGGCGGCGAUGCAGAUGAUCAGCCACCCCAACGUGAUGCAGGUGUACAGCACCUUCACCAACGUAACCCUGGGCCGCUGCGCCAAACCAGACGGCUCGGACUACCUGUUUCUAAAGUCGGCGGGAGAGGUGGAAAAGGGCCCGGGCGCGCCGCCCAUCUGCCUGGCCAUUGUGUGUGAGUGGUGCGACCAGGCGUGCCUCGCAACCGCCCUGCACAACCGCACCUUCCCGGUCACCCUGGGGCGCAUGGCACCCACCCCGCAAAACCCGCGCGGCCCACGCAUGUACGAUUACACGGGCAUCAUGAUGACGCUGCUGGACAUGGCCAUGGCGCUGAAGCACCUGCACGCCAACCAGCUCAUCCACAGGGACAUCAAGCCCGCCAACAUCCUGCUCAAGACCAACACCAUGGACCGCCGCGGCUUCACCGCCAAGCUGGCAGACUUCGGUUUUGUGACCCUGCUGAACAUGCCGGGCGAUGCCCUGAGCGGUGGCGAGCCGUUUGUGUUCGUGGAGGAGGCGUGCGGCACGGUGACGCACAUGGCGCCGGAAUGCUGGGCGAAACCCUGUCGCCUGGACGCAAGCUGUGACAUCUACAGCUUUGGCAUUGUGAUGUGGGAGCUGACUGCGGGUGGCCUUCGGCCAUACCCCGAGAUUGCCCCGCCGGACAUCCGGAGGCACGUCUGCAAGGGCCUCCGUCCUGAAUUUAAUGAGACCGUACCGCCGCCAUACAAGCACCUGGCUCAGCGGUGCUGGUCCGAGGACCCUCUGCAGCGGCCCCACUCCUCCGAGCUAGUGGCCAUCAUCAGCCAGCUGCUCAACACCACCUGAGACGAGCGAGCGAGGAGGAAGCAGCAGGCAGAUAGCUAGACACGGCGGUAGCAGCGCAUCUGCUGUGUGCGGCUGCCGCGGCUUGCUCGUCCGGCUAGUGUUGGGUUGCAUGUUGCUGCUAGAGCCGCUUACCGUACCUAAUGCAUUGUCUUUCUUUUGAGGAUGCAUGAGUCGGCGAUGACCGCAUAACCGCGCUGGCAAGCGGGAGCGCGCGCCCGUCAGAAUCUGAGACUGGCGCCAGAGGAGCGAGCGGGUCGGCUCUAUAUAUAGUUGUGCAUACGGUAUGGGGCGGCGGCGGGGCGUACGGCGGCAGCAGCGCCCACCCGCGCCCACAAUUAAGCAGCGCAGCGAUGAGGGGUGCCAGUGUGUUUAUAUCAGGGACAGAAACAACCGGUGAGCGAGCACUGUCUUGAAGCUACAAGCAAGCGCAGAUGAUUUGAAGAACAAGCAUUGCAGUAACCGGACCGUCAAUCGUGUAGCAUGCAUCGUCAGCAAGGGGUUUUUCUACAGCAUUCCUUUGACACUCCUCAAUUUGAAGCAUUAAUACCAAUACCUGCUCAUGAGCUGGACACACUGAUGAGCUGGGAAGUGCGGCACGAUGCAAACUAUAUGUGCACGAGUUGAGACAAACAAGUAAGGGCGGCCAUGCGUGUGGCAUCUAAGUGUGGGCCGGCUGCGUGCGGAGGUCUGUGAGAUCCUUGUGACGCGCGCGAGGGGCGUGGAAUGACCAACGAGACUGCAACCCGUCGAUUAUACUGCUUAGGCAUUGUUGCCCCGUGGCGGGGGAUGGGUUGAGUAGCCGCGGCAAAUGGCUAGCUGCACACCUACACGCCCGGAUGUAUGGACGGCGUUGUCAUUCACCAACCUCUUCUUCAUUAUUAGGGGAAGCUAGGCCGGCUCGCCAACAGGUGUUGUAUAGACGUGUUGCUUACGUGGUCAAUGUUGCAAGACUGGGCAUCGGGCGGCGUUGCUUAGUCAUGUCCUCGGUCGGCGGUGCGUGCAUGCUGUUGCCACGCGUACGACGUAGGCCGCCGGUGCCGGCGGCGGCGCGCACGUUUGGCCGGCCAAUAACGUUUAAGAGUGGCGCCGUACCGGCAUUCUUCCAUUCUUCCUGCAUCUUUCAUCCACGGCGUGCCCAUUUUGCCCAGAUUAAGCUUCUUGAGUAGAUGUUUUGUCAACCUUUCUUGAUCUCAUUUUGUGUCGUGAUGUGUAUGGGUGAACAUGAAUGCAACGGAACGCGGGCAUGUGGAGAAAAGCGGCUUGAUGAAUGAGGGCGACGUCUGUGGCGAUGGGUUGCAGUGCUCCUUCAAGUGUUUUGCGGGGGCGGGGACACAGCUGGAAAGGCACACGUUUUGGUUUUGGGCUGAGCCCCUGAGGUGCAUCAAACCCCCAUUUCCAAGAAUCCAGGGGAGGCGAAGCCCCUGGGAUUGCCCCUGUCCGCACGCCCCCAAGUGAACCCUGGUCGGUGUGAAGGUGCACCAGCAGUGGCACGCACGUAUGAACGCCCCUUGACCGAGGCGCGGUGACACACACGGCAAGUUGCCUGGGUUGCGAAGGAGCUUGUAGUAUACUUGCACUCCAUCAAUGCUGUAACAUACUUGCUGU